ACAUUUAAUGGCAAAUAAGGAUGCGUGCACGAGAAAAUAAUUCAUCGUCCAAAAUGAGGUCAGGAAACGCCGUGAAGUCAGCCAUUUUUGAUCAAUGCGCGCGCACCCGAACGACUUGAAGUUGGCUCAGAGGUUGCGCGCGCCAGUCCGCCCAGCCGUCUUCGACCAUCUCGCGUAGAAAAAUAAAAAUUAAAAAAUAAUAAGCGGAAUCAAGGCGUGUUCGAAAUUCAAACAGUUCAAUUUUCAAACAGUUUUUUUUUAAAUAACAAAUAUGGCUGUGGUUGUGAUACGUGAACUGCCAACAUAAUGCACAAUAUGUUUCGGUGUGGAGACGGGACUUAGGUUUUAGAUUUAAUUCUUGUGUUUGUGUGUAAAUAGUAAAGUGGAGUGAAUUAACUGUUUUUACUGUACGCGACCCUUUGGGACCAACCUAACAGAAACAGCGACCUAUACAAUAACCUAUUAUUUUAGUCCGAGCCCUAUACACCUGACACUGAUCCUUUGCUCUCCACUCCAGUCCGUGGAUAAUGGUCGUGGAAGGCAUGACUGCACCUCACAUUUAAUAGGCAACCAUGAGCGCCCCAGAACCGGAGCCGGUCCCGGCGGCCCCUGCCGGGACCCCGGCGGACCCCCCCGAGCCGGACGGGCCCCUGAUCCCGGUCCCCGCGCCCCGCAAGGCCGCCCGCCGGGGGCCUAAAGUCCUGCAGGAGAGACCGAAGCGCGCGCUCUUCUGUCUCACGCUCAAGAACCCGAUUAGGAAGGUCUGCAUCGAUAUUGUUGAGUGGAAACCGUUCGAAUGGAUGAUCCUGACCACCAUCUUCGCUAACUGCAUCGCGCUGGCGGUGUUCACGCCCUACCCCAACAGCGAUUCCAAUUACACCAACUCUGUGCUGGAGAAAAUAGAAUAUGUGUUCCUGGUCAUCUUCACGGGGGAGUGCUUGAUGAAGAUCUUUGCGUAUGGGUUUGUGAUGCACGCGGGCUCCUAUCUUAGGAAUGGAUGGAAUUUGCUGGAUUUCACCAUCGUCGUUAUUGGAAUGGUGAGCACGGUGCUGUCGAGCAUAUUUAAAGAUGCGUUCGAUGUGAAGGCGCUGCGGGCGUUCAGGGUGCUCCGACCUCUAAGGCUCGUCUCUGGAGUACCAAGUCUCCAGAUCGUGCUGAACUCCAUCUUGAAAGCGAUGAUCCCGCUGCUCCACAUCGCGCUGCUGGUCAUCUUUGUCAUCAUCAUCUACGCCAUCAUCGGCCUUGAGCUCUUCUCCGGGAAAAUGCACAAGACUUGCUUCAACAAACACACCAACGAGAUGAUGGAAUCUCCCCACCCCUGCGACUUGGAUAACGGUUUCAACUGCUCAAGCUUGGGCUCUGAGAUGGUGUGCCAAGAAGGCUGGAUCGGGCCUAACUUUGGCAUCACUAACUUCGAUAACUUCGGGCUGUCCAUGUUGACGGUAUUCCAGUGUAUUACGUUGGAGGGGUGGACUGAAGUCAUGUAUAAUAUUCAAGAUGCGAUGGGCAACAGCUGGGAGUGGAUAUAUUUCGUGUCGAUGGUCAUAUUGGGAGCUUUUUUCGUCAUGAACCUAAUUCUCGGUGUGUUGUCUGGAGAAUUCUCAAAAGAAAGAGAAAAGGCGAAAAACCGGGGAGACUUCCAGAAACUUCGCGAGAAGCAGCAGUUAGAAGAGGACCUGAAGGGCUACCUCGACUGGAUCACGCAGGCAGAGUACUUGGAGCCUCUGGCGGAUCAGAACGACACUGCUGACCAGUUGAGGGAGUAUAGUUUAGGAGCAGGAACAGCAGAAAACCACGACUCAUCAGACCAUUUGGGAGUAGAGAUGAGUGAACCACAGAAGAGCUGUCUUUGCAAACUCUGGAAGCAAGACUUCGAUAAAAUCAAUCGAAGAAUGAAGCGUAGCUGUCGGAAAGCCGUGAAAUCGCAGACGUUUUACUGGCUGAUCAUUCUUCUUGUGUUCUUGAACACCGUGGUGUUGGCCAGCGAGCAUUAUCAGCAACCAAGCUGGCUGGAUUUGUUCCAAGAGUACGGGAACGCCUUUUUCGUAGCACUUUUUACUUUAGAAAUGUUAGUCAAGAUGUACAGUCUAGGAUUACAAGGUUACUUCGUGUCGCUGUUCAACCGGUUCGACUGCUUUGUGGUGGUCGGGUCCAUCAGCGAGAUGGUGCUCACGAAGACAGAGGUGAUGCCUCCCCUCGGAAUCUCCGUGCUGCGGUGCGUGCGGCUGCUGAGGGUGUUUAAAGUCACCAAAUACUGGCGCUCCCUCUCCAACCUAGUAGCGUCUCUCCUCAAUUCCAUCCAGUCCAUCGCCUCGCUGCUGCUGCUGCUGUUCCUCUUCAUCAUGAUCUUCGCGCUACUUGGCAUGCAGGUCUUCGGAGGGAAGUUCAACUAUGAUCCCGUGGAGGAGAAGGAUCGGCACAAUUUCGAUUGCUUUUGGCAGGCGUUGCUGACGGUAUUUCAGAUCCUGACGGGCGAAGACUGGAACGCGGUGAUGUACGAAGGCAUCAAGGCAUACGGCGGCGUCGGCUCCGUCGGCAUCGUCGCCUGCAUCUACUUCAUCAUCCUCUUCAUCUGUGGCAACUACAUCCUACUAAACGUUUUCUUGGCCAUCGCCGUAGACAAUCUCGCAGACGCAGAAUCGUUGACCAACAUUGAAAAGCAGGAAGCGAAUCCCGAUGACAAGGAAGCCGGCAGUGUAAUAAUUGAUGGUGCACAUGCAGACACUGAUGAUGAAUAUAUUCACGACGACGAUGCGUAUACGACGGACAAUUCGGAGCGUGAAUAUGAAGAGACAGGCUCAGAGGAAGGAGAAGAUGGAAGAAUUGAGAUAGAGGGUGGAGAGGAAACAGAGAGGAUAGAAGAGGAACAAGAACGGGAAGAAGAGACUAUUCAGAGGAAUCAUAUAGGUUCUAACAAAGAAGGACCCACUGUAACCGUGAUGGAGCUAACACACAAAGAAACAGAAACUAACUAUGCAACAACAGUGAACACAGAGGGCGAGGAGCCAAGAUUGAAGCGAAAGCCGACAACAUCAUCGGCGAGACCAAGGAGGUUGUCUGAAGUCGACAUACACGACUCUAAGAAACCCAUCCCUGACGCUACCUCCUUCUUCAUAUUUACCAAAACCAACAGGUUCCGCGUGUUCUGCUACAAGCUGUCAGCAUCUUCGACCUUCGGGAACAUCAUCCUGAUCUGCAUCAUGUUCUCGUCGGCCAUGUUGGCUGCUGAAGAUCCUUUGGAUGCACAGCAAAAAGGAUUCAGGAAUUGGCUCCUAAGUCAAUUCGACGUGUUCUUCACGGGCAUCUUCACGCUGGAGCUGUUCCUCAAGCUGGUGACGUACGGGCUGAUCCUGCAUGAGGGCGCAUUCCUCCGCUCUGCCUUCAAUGUGCUCGACAUGCUCGUCGUCUGCGUGUCGCUCAUCUCCAUGUGCUUUAAGUCAGGAAGUAUAUCGGUGGUGAAGAUAUUAAGAGUGUUCAGGGUGCUGAGGCCACUCAGGGCCAUCAAUAGGGCCAAGGGCCUUAAGCACGUUGUUCAAUGCGUGAUCGUUGCUAUCAAAACAAUCGGGAACAUAUUGUUGGUAACGUCGUUACUGCAAUUCAUGUUCGCCGUCAUGGGAGUACAAAUGUUCAAGGGAAAGUUUUUUAGAUGUACUGAUAUUUCGAAGAUGACGAAAGCGGAGUGUCAAGGAACAUACCUUGUGUUUGAAAAUCGUAAUUACGUAGUUAGAGAUAGAGAGUGGAAGAGGAAUGACUUCCAUUUCGACAACGUCAUGAAAGGGAUGCUGACGUUGUUCACCGUCUCUACGUUCGAGGGGUGGCCUGCGUUGUUGUACGUGUCCAUCGACUCAAACCAAGAGGACCGUGGUCCCAUUACUAACUUCCGUCCAAUCGUUGCAGCCUACUAUAUUAUUUAUAUUAUUAUAAUUGCCUUCUUUAUGGUAAAUAUAUUCGUCGGUUUCGUCAUAGUAACAUUCCAAAACGAGGGAGAGCAGGAGUAUAAAAACUGUGAACUGGACAAGAAUCAGCGGAACUGCAUAGAGUUCGCCCUAAAAGCAAAACCUAUAAGAAGGUAUAUCCCAAAGCAUCGCAUCCAAUACAAAGUGUGGUGGUUCGUCACAUCCCAGCCGUUUGAAUACGCCAUCUUCGUUCUCAUCAUGAUCAACACCAUCACACUAGCCAUGAAGUACCACAAUCAGCCCCUCGAAUACAGCAAAGCUUUGGACAUGCUCAAUAUGAUUUUCACCGCUGUCUUUGCUCUUGAGUUCAUUUUUAAACUCGCUGCCUUUAGGUUUAAGAAUUAUUUUGGAGACGCGUGGAAUACAUUCGACUUUAUCAUCGUGCUAGGAAGUAUUAUAGAUAUUGUGGUAUCACAAGUCAACGAACUCAAAAACCAGGGAAGCGGUUUAACAAAAGCCCACAUAAAGGAAACCUCAAUACCAUCGAUCAACUUCUUCCGUUUAUUUCGAGUGAUGAGGCUUGUGAAACUACUGUCGAGAGGGGAGGGGAUCAGGACUCUCCUCUGGACGUUUAUAAAGUCAUUUCAAGCGUUGCCGUAUGUUGCCUUGCUGAUUUUGAUGCUGUUCUUCAUUUAUGCUGUAGUGGGGAUGCAGGUGUUUGGGAAAAUAGCCAUAGACGACGAAAGCCCGAUCACUAGAAACAACCACUUCCAGACAUUCCCUCAAGCCAUUCUAGUCUUAUUUCGUUCAGCUACAGGGGAGGCGUGGCAGGACAUCAUGAUGGGGGUGUCCCCGGAGCCUGAAGUGCAGUGCGAUGACAACUACGAAGAAGAACCCGGCGAGAAUGUAAAUUCCUGCGGCUCUGUGCUCGCCUUCCCCUACUUCAUCUCUUUCUACGUGCUGUGUUCUUUUUUGAUUAUCAAUUUAUUUGUAGCCGUUAUUAUGGACAACUUCGACUAUUUGACCAGAGACUGGUCAAUACUGGGACCACACCACUUAGAUGAAUUUAUAAGGUUAUGGAGUGAAUACGACCCGGACGCGAAGGGUCGGAUAAAACAUUUAGAUGUAGUUACUUUGUUAAGAAAAAUUAGUCCACCUUUAGGGUUCGGCAAGCUGUGUCCACACCGCGUGGCCUGCAAGAGACUGGUCUCGAUGAACAUGCCUCUCAACUCCGACGGGACUGUCCUCUUCAACGCGACACUCUUCGCCGUCGUCAGGACUUCGCUGAAGAUCAAAACUGAGGGAAGACGCAAUCAAAAUGUUGCACCGUCAACUCCCAGCAACAUAGACGACUGCAACACAGAACUAAGAGCGGUCAUCAAGAAGAUUUGGAAGCGAACGUCUCCGAAACUCUUGGACCAGGUGGUUCCGCCACCAGGGGACCCGAAUGAGAUCACCGUCGGCAAGUUCUAUGCCACCUUCCUGAUACAGGACUACUUUAGAAGGUUCAAAAAGCGGAAGGAGCAAGAGUUAAGGCAGAACGAUGAGGCCUGUCACCAGAUGACUCUCCAAGCUGGUCUGAGGACUCUUCAUGAAGCAGGACCUGAGUUGAAAAGGGCUAUAUCAGGGAAUCUGGACGACAUCACAACAGAAUGUGAUGUGCCUAUGCAUAGGAGAAACCACUCAUUAUUUGGAGGCGUGUGGUCCAGCAUUAGAAGACACGGACCCAACAGAAGCAUCAGACAGAGGAAACCGGGGGAACCUCCGAUGGGAGAAGGAGUGGGUAAUCAUCUGAGUUCGAUGAUGCAGCGAGAAUACGGAGUGGGGACUUUGCCUCUAGCGCCGACAGUACCGAAUGGACAACCAAAGGAGCAAAUACCACUUAGACCUUUAAUAUUUAAUGGAGAAUCAGAGAAGAUAUAUCAAGUUCUAGACAAUCAGAAAUCUAAUUACCCGGAGAUGUUAGGUCAAAUAGGUCUCGCGUUCGGUUGCGUUAACUAUCUAACGACGCCGAGCGAGGCGAUAAAAACGUCCCCAGCCGUGUCUAGACAAAAGAUCCAUCCAGAAGACUCGACGUCUUCCAGGGAGAAGCUACCGAUACCGAGGAAGGCGUCGCCGGAGGAUAAGACGCCGUCACCGAGCGCGUUCGAAGCGAUACAACCGAAGAUCUCCGCGCAUCUGGCGAGCCAAUGCACGCCGACGACCGAGUCGAAAACGAUGACGUUAUACGGCUACAAUGCAGCAGCGAAACUUCCGUUCGCGUUCUCCCACGCGAAGGCGGCGUGCCGCGGAGGGGAGAGGAGGAGCCUCCGAGCCAUCAAGCCGGUGGUGACAGGUCGGAUGGUGCGCAGUGCCUCGUCAGGGGCGGCGAGCUCGCAUGCGCCGCCCGCCCAGCUUUUAGCUCGACCGCACUCGCCAGGAGGCGAUAGCUCGGGCCGCGGCGUGGUGUCACUGCCGGGCAGUCCGCGCGGCAUAAACUCCUCAGUCCCGGUGGUUGGGUCAGCCGAGAGCCUCGUUACUAGGGUUUUAGCUGAACAAGGUCUGGCGGCGUACUGUGACGCAGAAUUCGUGAGGAACACCUCGCGGGAGAUGCAGGAGGCGCUUGAGAUGACGCAGGAGCAGAUGGACAGGGCGGCACACCAACUCAUGAUUCAAGAGAGAAAUAUAAAGCAAGCCCAAAACCAGCCUCAAGUUGCUAACAUUUGGGCUGUUCCAGGGCGAUAUGCUAGCUCGCCACCCUUACCAGCCACCAACCAUGCCCCCACCCUUCAAGCCGUUAUAGCAGAGAGUGGCCGCGCCUCACAAGAUGGCGGACACGAACAAAAUGGCAGCCAAGAUGACGCCGCGCCGCGGAAUGGCGGCAAUGGCGCGAAACACCACAAACAGCACAAGAGGAAGAGAAAAAGGAAACCAGUAUUGGUAUAGUGUAUUGAAAUAUGUUUGAGAUGUGCUCAAAUUUUUAUUUUUUCUACUUUAGGAUUAGGGGCCGAUGAUUUUUACCACCAAUUUAUCAUCGCAAUAUAGUUAGAUUGAGGCAGCAAUAUAGUUCUGCUUUUAAUAAAUAUCUGUGUCUUUAUCGAUUGUACCGACAACGUUUGUAAAUCCUUAUUGAAUUUAGCUCCAUGUCAAUGCGAAACAUUGUUACUUGUCAAUUGCUCUCUGAUUGUACGAGUAAGUCCUUGGACUUAUAAAGUAGGUAAUUAAAACUUCUAAAUGAAGACUAAUUCUACAUAGGGGAAAGUGCUUGGAAACACAGGACUAUGCUCUAAGGCUACGUUCUAAGACAGUAAGUUGUGUUCGGGUCAAGGAGCAAUAAAUAAGAGUACUACACAAACUCACGUUCCUUGUCGUUGGCAUAGAUGGCACCACUUAGCGUAAAUUUUGUAUGGCUAAUAUAGACCUAUUAACGUCAUAUCGUGAUCUAGUGUGCUCUCUGAGAGAUUUACCUAAUGCAGAUGGGAUUGGAAUAAAAGCUGAGGUCAAAGUGCCUUACAAAAUAUGUAACUGAAAUCUUGCUAAUGUAACGCCAUCUACAACCAAAAUAGAUAACCUCCUCUUCAAUAUUUAUUUGUCGCUAAUUAAAAUGUCUAUUAGCAUCUUUUCUUAGAUGCCUACCUUCGUUGGCUGUACAUACACCUUUGUUGGUACAUUGGUCUUCUAUGCAUUAAGCAUACUAGACUUCCUAUUUUAUUAACUUCUGUGUACGGCAGAUGAAAAAGUGAGAUUAGUAGAUGUAAUGUAAUGUAUUUGGUAAAAUUUAGACGUUGUAAUGUUUAGAAAGGGCCAAAUAAUAAUUUCAACUUCAGGAGUGGAUCCGUAAUUUGAAAUAUAGUUCUAGGUACCUCUAAAAAUUAACCCAUCUUUAUAAUACUGUGGAAGUAGCAAACAGCCUGCAAGUUUGUGGCGAGGCGAUUACCUAUCGCCUACCCUACCUAAUUACAUAGGUAAGGCAAGAAAAUUCUGCCUUUUUACUAUAGUAUGAGGGAAAUAGAUGAAACAGUUGCUUAUGUCCACGGGCGACGGUCACCGCUUCCCAUCAGGCGGAUAUCAAUUAAAAAAGAAGUAACGGGCAGUUGUGCUGGUACUAUUGGCCCUUUGUUUAGAUUUAAAACAUAAUACAGAGAGAGAAAAUUGUCUCUAAAACAAUAUUAAGAGAUACUUUCGUUUACCUUAUGUAUUAGAAAAAAAUGUAAUUUUUCUAGAUGUGUAGUUUUACAGUUAUAUGAAAAUGAUAUAGAUAUAUCAAUAUCAUACAUACCUAUAUGUCAUAUAGGUGUGUGAUUUCGUCGGUACACAUAUGUAUACCUAUUGACAAAAAUAACUUUCAGUAUCGUGGUAAGUGUUUAUGGCAUUAUUUAGACCUUUGUGUUUGGGUGCUUGGAAGAAAACGGCCAAGCAAAACGCACAAUUCAUCAACCUAAUCGUGAAGACAUUUGUUCAUUGUAUAAUUUGAUCCGUUGUUAUAUCAGAUUACAUUAAUAUAAAGUAGGUAGUAAAUAUUUAAGAAAAUAUAAAUGAGCAGAGGGGCUAGCAAGAUGACAAUGUUUGAUAGGAAAUGCCAAUCGAAACUUUAUUAUUAUUUAUUUAUUAUAAAUAAUCAUACAUACCACUUACAAAUCAGUCUAAGGCGUGAUUUAAAUGACAUUAAAAAAACUUAUAUGUAUAGGUAUACUUUUUCUUUUUCUUGACGUUUUUCCAUGAAAGAUUGUCAUCUGGGCUACGCCCCCAUACCGCGCACUCAUACAAGUGACGUGUCUCACGUGUCUGAAGUAACUUUGAUUACUAAGGGGCAGGGACGAGUCAGUAACUUCUAAAGGGCUGGACCGAUUUUGAUCAACAUUAUUUGAGUGUUUGAGUAAGUCCGGAUAGAAUGAGCUAGGUUGUAGAGGGUUCCUCGAAAUAAAAUAAGAAGGCUUGAAAGUCACAGAUAUCUGAUAAAAUUCAGUUGGAAAUUGUUCCUAUCCAUUUCCCAUUAUUAUAUCAAAUAUCGCUGUAUACGUUCUGGUUUCUUAUUUAUUUUUACCAAGACAAAGAUCCCAAUCGCAAUAGAUGGGACUUUUACUUAUAAAUAAUGUCAAUGUAACAAUAUAGUAUUAAUAGCAUUUUAUAAACAAAUAAAAUAAUUAGGUAUAGAACUUAUUAUUAUUUCUACAGAUUUUUUAUAAACAAAUAAGUACAUGUAAUAGCAAUCAUCUAAUUACAACGGUAGUAAACUACCCUCUGUUUCUUUCCGUUUUAUUAAUGAGUUACGGUAAGAAUUAUAGGUAUGUCUGUAACCCGAAAAAUCAAACCAUCUUCCAAAGGUCUAUAAUCCGUAUUUCCAUAUUACCCGUCUGACAAUACCCGAUCAGGAAAUCGUUGAACUGAUAAUAUGUCUAAAACUGUAGAGAAACACAAUUUUCCGUAGAGAUUUUAGAGUUAGCGAUGACUGAGAUUUUAUAUUGGAGAACAUGUAUUUCAGAACUUGGCUCAAUCCUUUGCAAACUUCAAAAAAAAAAACAAUUUUCCUUACGCAGAAAUUAUUUGUAUUUUCAAGCCCUAACCUAGCCUUAUCUAAGCUUAGUCUAACCGAUCAUUUUAAUGGACCAACUAACAUCCAUAAAACUCACGAAUAACCUUUACAUUUGACUACCGCAUUUCAAUACCAAUGAAGUUUCAUAAUUGUCACUAAAAGAUGGCGCUGCACACAAAUCGCUACAUCGAUAAACUGGAAAUCAAAAUGCAGUUUUUAUAGUGUUUACAAUUAGCGUAUUAUUUAUCAACAGUUCAGUCGAGCUUACAAAUGAAGUUGAAAAUAAUAUUUAGACCACGUUUUACCUUACCUAACAUACCUACACUACAAAUUUUAAAGCAAAAUUGUAUAACUUCUAAAUCUUUUUCGGUAUACCUAAAAUCCUAAAACCUCAAUGCCUCCUUUACUACGUGAACUCAAAAUAUACUAAAUUAUGUUUAAAGUGUGUGUACAGACAGUGUGUACUACCUUUAACGUGUAAUUUUAUUAUGUGUAAAAUAUUUGACCAACAAAACAAAAACAAGUAGUUAUUAUUCUGUAAAUGACUAUGAAAAUAAAUUCAGUUGCUAUUUAAAAUUAAAGUCAACUUAUUCAGACGGCAAAAUUACAUGCUUACAUAGGUAACCAAAAUAUAACAUACGCAGAUCUUUUUUGAAGCCACGAGGAAACUACAUAAUUCAGAUUCCAACGUAAGUCAAAGCUACAACAUAGGUGUUAUGAAUCAUGUAAUCAUUUCGUUUUAUUUACCGUGUCAAAUUUUACAAUUUAGCCUUGUAAGGACCCCUAGGAAGUGCCCUUUUAAGUAAUCGAAUAAAUGACGUAGUUUAGCUCUCAUCUCUUCAAAUGAACAACAUUCCGUAGACAUAAGAAAAUAACAAUAUAAU